UAAUUUUUUGCUAUUUAUAAUAUGAUGAGCGGUAAGAUAUUGGUCUAAUAAAUAUCACUUUCUUCUUUAAUUAAUCUAAUUAUUUAUAAUUUUAGCUGUUAAAAUUUAUUUUUAUUAUCAAAUUAAGUUAGGAAAAUAGAUAGACAGAUACAAACAAACAAACAAAGAUAGCAAUCAAAUUAACUUUCGCUUUAUUAAUUAAGAUAAAUAAAUAUAUAACCUAAUAAUUUUGAAGAAAAGAGGUUUAAUAUUCUUUAAUGA